UUUAAAGUUACCCCAUUACGGAAGAGAAGGAGGUGUGUUUCUAGGAGCCACGUGACUCAUAUUUUGCAAGUAUACAGCAAAUUAUUUUCUCGUUAUAUGUAAAACUCAUGACUGUGUCACUUGCCACAGUAAUAAGAGGGUCUUUUCUCUGUUGUGUUUUGUGAUUAAUGGUUGCCUUUAAGAUAUUCAAACAGAUUUUGAAAAAAUUCAAAAUUCAAAAAAAGUGGUUUUGUUCUCUGUUGUGUUUUGUGAUUAGUGGUUGCCUUUAAGAUAUUCAAACAGAUUGGUAGCAUUUAAUUCAAAGUGAUGGUGUUCCGUUUCUGAAGUAACAAAAAAGUACAUUUUACCAUACUUGGAUAUUUUAUUUAUAAGCGACUUUUUUUCUGGUGUCUUCUUUUUGCAAAGCAACAUUCAUUAAGUAGUCUAAUAUCUAUAUUUUAGGUCACGAUGUGUCAUACAAUUAUUUCUAUUAAAAGGCUUGAAUUAAAAAAAACUUUUUUCUGGAUAUGCAAGUGACUGCAUUGUAAAAAUUAUAAAAAAUACAAAAAAGAAGACUUCAAUCACCUAUACUCCUACCACCCAAAGAAAACUACUGUUGACAGUUUGGUGUACAUACAUCCAUUCUUUGUCUGAAGUGCUGUGGAAAAUCUCUGUUCUCACAAAGUCUCCCCAAUGCUCUACAAGCAACUGCGUCAGGCCUGUGAAGACCACGUCCAGGCACAGAUCCUUCCGUUUAGAGAAGACUCACUAGAUAGUGUUUUAUUUUUAAAGAAGAUUAACACAUGCUGGCAGGACCACUGCAGACAAAUGAUCAUGAUCAGAAGCAUCUUCCUGUUCUUGGACCGCACCUAUGUGCUGCAGAACUCCACGCUGCCCUCCAUCUGGGAUAUGGGAUUAGAACUGUUUAGAACCCAUAUUAUUAGUGAUAAAAUGGUUCAGAGUAAAACCAUUGAUGGAAUCCUACUGCUGAUCGAGCGCGAGAGGAGCGGCGAGGCCGUGGACCGGAGCCUGUUGCGGAGCCUGCUGGGCAUGCUGUCUGACCUGCAGGUGUAUAAAGAUUCAUUUGAACUGAAAUUUUUGGAAGAGACUAAUUGCUUAUAUGCUGCCGAAGGCCAAAGGUUAAUGCAGGAAAGAGAGGUUCCAGAAUAUCUUAACCAUGUAAGUAAACGCUUAGAGGAAGAGGGAGACAGAGUAAUCACUUACUUGGACCACAGCACACAGAAACCACUGAUUGCUUGUGUGGAGAAACAGCUAUUAGGAGAACAUUUAACAGCAAUUCUGCAGAAAGGGCUCGACCACUUACUGGAUGAGAACAGAGUGCCGGACCUCGCGCAGAUGUACCAGCUGUUCAGCCGGGUGAGGGGCGGGCAGCAGGCGCUGCUGCAGCACUGGAGCGAGUACAUCAAGACUUUUGGAACAGCGAUCGUAAUCAAUCCUGAGAAAGAUAAAGACAUGGUCCAAGACCUGCUGGACUUCAAGGACAAGGUGGACCACGUGAUCGAGGUCUGCUUCCAGAAGAAUGAGCGGUUCGUCAACCUGAUGAAGGAGUCCUUUGAGACAUUCAUCAACAAGAGACCCAACAAGCCUGCAGAACUGAUCGCAAAGCAUGUGGAUUCAAAGUUAAGAGCAGGCAACAAAGAAGCCACAGACGAGGAGCUGGAGCGGACGUUGGACAAGAUCAUGAUCCUGUUCAGGUUCAUCCACGGUAAAGAUGUCUUUGAAGCAUUUUAUAAAAAAGAUUUGGCAAAAAGACUCCUUGUUGGGAAAAGUGCCUCAGUCGAUGCUGAAAAGUCUAUGUUGUCAAAGCUCAAGCAUGAGUGCGGUGCAGCCUUCACCAGCAAGCUGGAAGGCAUGUUCAAGGACAUGGAGCUUUCGAAGGACAUCAUGGUUCAUUUCAAGCAGCAUAUGCAGAAUCAGAGUGACUCAGGCCCUAUAGACCUCACAGUGAACAUACUCACAAUGGGCUACUGGCCAACGUACACGCCCAUGGAAGUGCACUUAACCCCAGAAAUGGUUAAACUUCAGGAAGUAUUUAAGGCAUUUUAUCUUGGAAAGCACAGCGGUCGAAAACUUCAGUGGCAAACUACUUUGGGACAUGCUGUUUUAAAAGCGGAGUUUAAAGAAGGGAAGAAGGAAUUCCAGGUGUCCCUCUUCCAGACACUGGUGCUCCUCAUGUUCAACGAGGGAGAUGGCUUCAGCUUUGAGGAGAUAAAAAUGGCCACGGGGAUAGAGGAUAGUGAAUUGCGCAGAACGCUGCAGUCCCUGGCCUGUGGCAAAGCACGUGUGCUGAUUAAAAGUCCCAAAGGAAAGGAAGUGGAAGAUGGAGACAAGUUCAUUUUUAAUGGAGAGUUCAAGCACAAGUUGUUUAGAAUAAAGAUCAAUCAAAUUCAGAUGAAGGAAACUGUUGAGGAACAGGUUAGCACCACUGAGAGAGUGUUUCAGGAUAGACAAUAUCAGAUUGAUGCUGCUAUCGUCAGAAUAAUGAAGAUGAGAAAGACUCUUGGUCAUAAUCUUCUAGUUUCUGAAUUAUAUAAUCAGCUGAAAUUUCCAGUAAAGCCUGGAGAUUUGAAAAAGAGAAUUGAAUCUCUGAUAGACAGAGACUAUAUGGAGAGAGACAAAGACAAUCCGAAUCAGUACCACUACGUGGCCUGACGCAUCUGCAGACGGUUCCCCUUCAUGAAACACUAGAAUGUACCCUCAGAGCAGGAAGCACACCUGUGCCAUUUCUGGGACUCUGAUUGAUCCAGCUGUGGACAUUGGAAGGUGAAGGAAGGGAGGUGGCUCCUGGGUCAUCUUUCACAAGGCUCAAGACUUCAACCUGCAGAUGUAUCUUUUUCCCUCCAGUUUUUCCUCUAGUUCUUUUAGGCAUUUAAAUUGUUUCUGUUACUCUGUGCAAAAUAACUUUGAGAUUGGACAAGAAGAUGUUACUAAAGAGAAGUUCCUUUAAAAGGUCUUGUUCUUGUGUCAAAAAGCUGAAAGUUUGGUUUGUUCUUGUGUGUGAUCAUGAGUGCACAAUGAAGAAGACCCUAGAUGCUGCAUUUUUUAGCUCUGAAGAUUCCUUAGGUAUCCCUGAAGACAGCUCGCUCAGAUGAUCAGCAUUUAGAGUGAAAACAAGGGCCCUUUGUGGGUGAACAUUAGAAAGAGCCAGGGUUCAAAGCUGGCGAAUGGAUGACGCAUCCUAGCCACUGGCCCCUCUCUGUUUCAUGUAUUUCCAAAAGUUGUAAACUUUGAUGGCUGAUUUUUCAUAAGUCAGGUUUCUAAGUGAGCUCCCUGAGGUGCCAAGGCCAUGGUGUCCGCCCUGCUGCGUCUGUUCGUUUCAGCUGAGUUCCUUGUGAAUCUCUGUUUUAGGGUUUGGGGCUAGUGUGUUUGUGUUUCCAUUCUAAGAUUGAGUCUGGCAGUCCCUGUUUUUUUUGCAUUGGGGUAACUGCUCUUUCAUUUUUUUUAAUUGCAGUAUUUGUGUGAUUGCAAUAAUAAAGUUUGGUUUGGUUUUUACAGUCAUGCGCAGGGACGAUCCUUGUUCUCUGCUGUAAACUGUAAAAAGUUUAUGGAGACUUAAAGUCUUGAUGUUGUGAAGCAGAGGUUAUUUUGUGGAAAGAUUAAAAGCAUUUUCUUGGUACCUGGUUUUGUGUUGUGUAUAUAUACAUGAGGGUGAACAGUGAAAGGAAAGUUCAGUAGUGAUGUUAGAAGGGUAACUAUGACAAAGAUACUUUUGAGACAACAUUUAAAAGUACUUUAUAUUUUACAUAAUAGCAUGUUUCAUUUUGAUUAAAAGCUACCAAAGGAAUUUUGAUCAUGGCAUAAGUGUUUAAAGCAAUAUUUUCUGGAAUAUACCAAGUUUACAUAAUUUGAUUUUGUGCUAAAUUAUUAAGAGUCUCUUUUUGAAACAUGCGGGUUUGAAAUAGGACGCCUUGUGGGUUUCCAUAUUAAAAUCCUCACUCUUUAAUUGUCAUUUCUGUCUUUGAAAAUUUUCAUUUAUGACUUCCAUGAUAUGUGGUCUAAGAAAGACCAGAUUUCUAUUUUUAUUUCUUAUAUUUUAAGUUCGUUGUGUCUAGAGAUUGUUAAUAUUGUAAUUUAAUGUAGACUUACAUUGAAUAAAAUUAGUUUAAUUGGCCUUAAAAUUACAUUAAUAAAACUUUGUGAUAUGCAAA